UUCUAAACUGCACAUUAGGAACAUCGAACGCAUUAGAAAAAAUACAACAAUGAGAAGAAGAAAACUAUUUUCAGAAGGAAUUAAGCGAUCAAAAUCCAAAUUAAUGUCUAACGGAACAGAUGUGGAUUAUGGGUUGGCCUUACCAUUAGACGAUAUAAUGAGUUUUGAAAAAUUGCAAAAGAAAAAAAUUUUGUUUUUAGAAAAAUUAGAAUUAAUUGAUAAAGUACAAUUAGAAUAUAUUACCAGAGAACAAAAUUGUAGCCAAGACUGGUUCCUAGAGCGUAAAAAACGACUAACUGCAUCAAAUUUUGGAGAUAUUUGUAAGAUGAAAGCCACAACAAGCUGCAAGAAAAAAGUACAUAAUAUGCUAUACAAGCCGAAUACAAUGUGCAAGGAAAUAAGCUAUGGAAUUCAAAUGGAACCCAUUGCAAGAAUUGAAUUUCAAAAAUUAUCUAAUAUGUUAGUUAAGUCCUGUGGGCUAUUUACAGAUGAUAUAUUCCCAUAUUUAGCUGCAAGUCCGGGUAUGUGA